GUGCUACGAGGCACUUGAGCCGCAGCCAGCCUUGCCCGACUCAGGCCCCCGUGCGGCUGCGCGGUUAUGCCGCCUGCGCUGAUUGGCCUGGAUCUCUGAGAGGAGGGAGGAGAAGUAAGGGAACUCCGUCGUCCUCGGCGCGCACUCCCCCGCGGUCGAGUACCGAGUGUGUCGGAAGCUGCUCCUCGCCGUCUUGUUUUGCGCCCAGUGAGCCGAAAGGGGCAGGGCAGGAGGAAGGCGACAUAAACACGCCGCGAAGACAGCGCGGCCUCUGCCUCUGCGUGCGUGCGCUUGCUAGCGCGGGCUCAGUGCUGGCGCGGGAGGCGGAGGCGGGCGGCGGCGGCGCCUGCGCGGUCGGGCUCGGUCGACAGUUCGCAGGGGAGGAGGCGGCGGGAGGCGGAGGAGGCGACGGCGGCGAUGGAGGUGAAGCGGCUGAAAGUGACCGAGCUGCGGUCGGAGCUUCAGCGGCGCGGCCUGGAUUCGCGCGGCCUCAAAAUGGAUCUGGCGCAGCGGCUUCAGGAGGCACUGGAUGCUGAGAUGCUGGAAGACGAGGCCGGCGUUGGUGGGGCCGGGCCCGGUGGGGCCUGCAAGGCGGAGCCUCGGCCUGUGGCCGCGUCGGGCGGAGGCCCGGGCGGGGACGAGGAGGAGGACGACGACGAGGAGGAGGAGGACGAGGAGGCGCUGCUUGAGGACGAAGACGAGGAACCACCACCUGCUCAGGCUUUGGGCCAGGCCGCGCAGCCGCCUCCGGAGCCCCCGGAGACGUCAGCCAUGGAGGCCGAGUCCGAAUCUUCCGACACACCGGCGGAGGCCACGGCUGGGUCAGGUGGGGUAAAUGGUGGCGAAGAGCAUGACAACGGCAAGGGGGAGGAAGACGGGCCGGAGGAACGGAGCGGAGACGAGACUCCGGGAUCCGAGGCACCGGGUGACAAGGCCAUAGAGGAACAAGGAGAUGACCAAGAUAGUGAAAAGUCAAAACCAGCAGGCUCAGAUGGUGAGCGGCGGGGGGUAAAGAGACAGCGGGAUGAGAAGGAUGAACAUGGCCGAGCUUACUAUGAAUUCCGAGAGGAGGCUUACCACAGCCGCUCAAAGUCCCCACCACCUCCAGAAGAAGAAGCAAAAGAUGAAGAGGAGGAUCAGACGCUUGUGAACCUGGACACGUAUACCUCGGAUCUACAUUUUCAAAUAAGCAAAGACCGAUAUGGAGGCCAGCCGCUCUUCUCAGAAAAAUUCCCUACCCUUUGGUCUGGGGCAAGAAGUACUUAUGGAGUAACAAAGGGAAAAGUAUGCUUUGAAGCCAAGGUAACUCAGAAUCUCCCAAUGAAAGAAGGCUGCCCAGAAGUUUCUCUCCUCAGAGUUGGGUGGUCUGUGGAUUUUUCCUCUUCACAGCUUGGUGAAGAUGAGUUCUCCUAUGGUUUUGAUGGAAGAGGACUCAAGGCAGAAAACGGGCAGUUUGAGGAAUUUGGCCAGACUUUUGGGGAAAAUGAUGUUAUUGGCUGUUUUGCUAAUUUUGAGACUGGAGAAGUUGAGCUUUCCUUCUCCAAGAAUGGAGAAGACUUGGGUGUGGCAUUCCGAAUCAGCAAGGAGUCUCUGGCAGAUCGAGCUCUUCUACCCCAUGUCCUUUGCAAGAAUUGUGUCAUAGAAUUAAACUUUGGUCAGAAGGAGGAGCCCUUUUUCCCACCACCAGAAGAGUUUGUGUUCAUCCAUGCUGUGCCUGUUGAGGAACGUGUGCGGACUGCAGUCCCUCCCAAGACCAUAGAGGAAUGUGAGGUGAUUCUGAUGGUGGGACUUCCUGGAUCUGGAAAGACCCAGUGGGCACUGAAAUAUGCAAAAGAAAACCCUGAGAGAAGAUACAAUGUCCUGGGAGCUGAGACUGUGCUCACUCAAAUGAGGAUGAAGGGACUCGAGGAGCCAGAGAUGGACCCCAAAAGCCGAGACCUCUUAGUUCAGCAAGCCUCCCAGUGCCUUAGUAAGCUGGUCCAGAUUGCUUCACGAUCAAAGAGGAAUUUUAUUCUUGAUCAGUGUAAUGUGUACAACUCUGGCCAACGAAGGAAGUUAUUGCUGUUCAAGACAUUCUCCAGGAAGGUGGUGGUAGUUGUUCCUAAUGAGGAAGAUUGGAAGAAGAGGCUGGAGUUGAGGAAAGAAGUGGAGGGAGAUGAUGUGCCUGAGUCUAUAAUGCUGGAGAUGAAAGCCAACUUCUCUCUGCCUGAGAAAUGCGACUAUAUGGAUGAGGUGACAUAUGGGGAGCUGGAAAAAGAGGAAGCUCAACCCAUUGUUACUAAAUACAAGGAGGAAGCAAGGAAGCUACUGCCCCCCUCUGAGAAGCGGACAAACCGCCGGAACAACCGCAACAAGAGAAACCGGCAGAACCGAAGCAGAGGCCAAGGCUAUGUGGGCGGGCAGCGCCGAGGCUACGACAACCGGGCCUACGGGCAGCAGUACUGGGGGCAGUCUGGAAACAGAGGGGGCUACCGUAAUUUCUAUGAUCGAUACAGAGGUGACUAUGAACGAUUCUACAGUCGAGACUAUGAGUACAACAGAUACAGAGACUAUUACAGACAAUACAACCGGGAUUGGCAGAAUUACUACUACCACCACCAACAGGACAGAGACCGGUACUACAGGAAUUACUACGGCUACCAAGGGUAUCGGUGAAGCCCCUGCUGUUUUCGCCUGUCAGCCAUGAAGCUGAGUCUCUGGGGGUGCCAGGCACCCCCUAAAACACAACCAAGGAAAACAGGGGCUGUUGGGGUGGGGCUGAGCUGCCAGGGAGGGGUGGUUGGGGGGAGGGUGUGCAAGCAGGGGUGGGGGAGGGGAGUGGAAACAAAACUGUACAUUUUUUUUAAAGUUUGUUGAAAAAAAUAUUGUCUUAUUCUAUAAAACAUUUCAAACCUAGUUAGGUUAUUUGUAAUCAAAAAACCAUUUGCACAGAAAGCAGCACUUAGAGCUGCCUAUUCUGUACCCUGCAGCUGGAUAGGAAAAGAACUAAAAAUGACACCUCCAGCUGGAUUGGUAGCCCAGUAAGGGAGAGUGUUGUGGGGAGAAGGGGAACAGCAUGAGGGAAUCUGCUAGCAGUUAGGAGUGGGAACAGAGGAGACAGGAGCAGGGGCAGAGGGAGUGCCUGUGACCAGGGCAGUGGAAAUAAACAAUUGGCUGUUAUCAAUCACUUGCACCAACUAA